UACGGCCACUUUUUUAAUCCACAAACCACAUGGUUAUUACGUAUACAUCCAUAAUACUUUGAGAGUAAUUUUAUAGUGUAUAAAAUUAUUCAAAUUUAAACUGAUAGACAAUUUUCACAUUUCCAACGUCCGUGUCGACGCAUGAACGACGAACUCCUCUCCAUCGAGUCCGUCAGUGGGGCUUUUCGAGACUGCGGUGUCAUUCGCUCGGUCGCCGCGUAUCAGUGAAGUGCUCCCAACCUGACCCUGGCCCUGAGGCCUUAUCGGAGGCGCCGCCCGCGGCCUAUAAUAGCUGGGCCGGCGUCUCCUUUUAACUCCAGAUUGAACUGUGACUCCGACAGACAUGUUACUCAGCUUGCUCCUCCUAGCUGUGCUCGCUGCAGCCAGCGCUUGCAAGACAUGCACCUGUGGGGUGGCCCGAGGAGCUCGGGUGGUAGGGGGUGGACCCGUCACUGCCGGGGAAUUCCCGUGGCUAGCCGCUGUCAAGAGAGACGGCAAACUGAUCUGUGGAGCAACUGUCGUCGCUCGAGACCAUCUAAUAACAGCAACGCACUGUGUUUAUGAAGUGGAAGCCUCCCGCCUGACUGUGCUAGUGGGGGAAUACAACGUUAACAAAUCGAGAUCCGAAGGCUACAGGGUGUCCCACGUCAUCCAACAUCCAGACUUCAACAGAUACACAUAUGAUAACGACAUAGCUGUGCUGCGACUAGCGGAAGCAUUGCCAGAUCACCUUUAUCGACCCGCGUGUCUACCUGACGAUGAAGAUGCAUUAGAGGGCGUGGACGCUAUUGUCUCUGGAUGGGGAAGUACCGUGGAAAAGGGUCCGCCUUCAGAUAUUCCUAUGAAGGCGGAAGUACAAAUCUGGUCACAAGAGGCUUGCACGGGCGCGGGCUACGGCCGCAGGAAGGUGACCCCUCGCAUGUUGUGUGCUAACGCUCCAGACAGGGACUCCUGUACCGGAGACUCUGGUGGGCCGCUGCUGAUGACGCAACCACAUUAUACUGUUGUUGGCAUAGUGUCGUGGGGUCGCGGUUGCGCCAGACAAGGCUACCCGGGCGUGUACGCGAGGGUCAAUCACUUCAUGCCGUGGUUGCGAGUGGCGCUGAGACACGCUUGUACAUGCUCACCUCCGAAUAUAUACAAGAAAUGAAAGAGGCUGUAAAUGCUGUAAUAUUUUUUUAAAUGCAAUUAAUUCUGUUUGAUCUAAUUUUAAAGCUUUGAAAAAAAUUAUGACAGGACUGAGUUAUAACAUAUGUGAAAUCUUUUGUAGUUUAUUUUGUACAAAAUAUGGGCCAGUUUGUAAAAUUUAAUUAUCUUUGUAAUUUUAUUAUAGAUAGAAAAUGUUACCUUUAAUCCGAAGUAAUAUUGCCAUUUAAACCAAAGUAAUAUUGCAAAAGGAGUCUAUUCUUAAGAUUUAGGUUAAUAUCUUGUCUAAAUGUAUUUUGUAUUUGUACCUAUCAGUAUUAGUGUAGGAUUUAUUAACCUAUCAUUUAUACUUAUAAUUAAAACAAUGGCUGUGAAUUACGUAAUUAGUUAUUAAUUAUUAUUAACAUACAUAUUAAUUUAUUUUAGUAAUCCUUUAACAAGUCACCUCGUAAUAAUUGUUACAUUUCCACUGGAAUUUUUACAUUGAUAUAUAAUUUAUAGUUGACUGAUUUCAAGAAUGUAGUCUGUGAAAUUACUUCGUAAUGUGGAUGUAAUUAUAAUUAUAUAAAACCAAUCAUUGCAAUGUUAUUUUCAGCACUUAGUUACCAAGUAAUAUAAAUAAAAAAAUAUUUUAACAAACCGUAUACAAUUGUUACCAAGUUUUUAU